AUGCGGCGGUCGGCGUUGCGGCGGCCCGAGAGCUUGACGGACAAGUACCGCAUCUUGGGCAAGAUUGGCGAGGGCACGUAUGGCAUGGUGUUCAAGGCCGAGUCUCACUCUGCAGCUCUGUUGCCACGUCCUACCUCGGGCGGCUCGAACGCCGUCGAGGAUGAAGAGCCCAUGACGUUCGCCAUCAAGCUGGUUAAAUCCCACAAAGAAGGAAAGAACGACGUGGUGCUAUCCAGCGCCACUGUUCGCGAGAUCAAAUUGCUGCGAGAAAUGCAUCACGACAAUGUGAUGCACCUACAUGACGUGCACGUGGACCCUCGGGACAAGUCGCUGGCGCUCGUAUUCGAAUAUGGAGACCACGACCUGCACGACAUCAUCGUACAGAGCAAACAAAAGCCGUUGGGCGAGUACACGCGUAAGUCACUCAUGUACCAGAUCCUCAAAGGUGUGGACUACAUGCACGACGUGUGGGUCAUGCACCGAGAUAUGAAACCACAGAACAUUUUGGUGGUGGGUCAUGGACGCAAGAGGGGACAAGUCAAGCUAGGAGAUUUUGGUCUAGCGCGUAUCUUCAAGGAGCCGAUCAAGGCCUUAUCAGAUGUGGAGCGUGUGGUGGUGACGCUCUGGUAUCGAGCACCGGAGCUCCUACUGGGGGCGAAGCAUUAUACAAAAGCCGUGGACUUAUGGGCAGUGGGCUGCAUUUUCGUCGAGCUCAUCAACACACGCGAGCUCUUUUGCGGUAAGGAAGUGGAGGGGUCCAAUGCUCCGUUCCAGAAAGAUCAGCUCGAUAAGAUCUUUAAAGUGUUGGGCAUGCCGACGCCACAGACGUGGGAGGGACUGGAGAAUCUGCCAGAGUACAAUCACGUCGUGCAGAUGGGUCGUGAACGCAAAUACCCGACGCAAUCUGAGCUCAAAAACGCAGUCAAAGUUGGUCCAGGCCGCGCAGGAGCUGCAUUGCUCGAUUUGCUUUCGAGACUGCUGGAAUAUGACCCUGAGACACGUAUCACGGCUAAAGAAGCGCUCGAGCACGAAUACUUCAAGGAGAUUGAGCCUGAGCCUCGGGACUGGGCCUUUGACGAGCCGGGCAAGGAGCCUGUAUCCUUCCGAACGCAGACUGUGGAGCCCUUGGCAGAGGAAACUAUCCCUUGGAAAAACAAAAAGGACGGAGCGCCUGGAGCCGACAGUAAGGCCGCAGGAGCAGCCAGCCCUCGCCCCUCGCAGCAUCACAACGACCAUCGUGGUCGUGAUGGCGCCUCACGUAGUCGCAGUCACCACAACUCUCGAGACGCACAGCAACAACCUCAACGACGCAGUGAUCGCAACAAUGCAGGGGACAACAAUGCACGAGACAACAGAAACAGAGGACAACCAGAUGGAGGAAACACACAGGCGUGGAGAGACCGGAGCACGGGUCGUGCUGGAGGACCUGGAGGACCCAACUCUGGCGCAAUGGCUGGAACCAAGCGACCAGGAGGCGGUGAACGCCCUACGAGUGCUGGUCGCCCUCGUAGUCCCAAGCAACCGCGACGUCGGUGA